AUGGGAUCCAACGUUGAGCUGGUAUGGCCAGAGUCAGAGGCAUAUUCCUCACGGGUGAACAACUACUCACAUGCAAAUUCAUCCAUAGCUGUAAUUCGAGCGAAGUUGAGUGCCGAACAAUUAGAACAAUUCAAGACAUUAUGCUUUGGCCAUCUUCUGAAUAUAGAUAAGAUUCAGUUUAGCGGGCAGAUUGUGCAUGGGGUUGUGUUGCGUAGAGUAGCGGGGCAGGGUGUGAAAGACUUGGAUGGACUGAGUUUCUUAAUAGGGUGCGACGUUGCUCAGUUCACUCGUCAGGAUUUCUGUUUGAUCUCAGGGCUUCGUUUUGGGGAAGUGCCUGAAGUUUCCAGUGGAGAAAGUGAUGAAAUUAGACUUCAGAAAAGAUAUUUUAUAGACGAAGGAAUUACAUGUAAUGCUUUAGAAGAAGCAUUUGUGAGGUGCACAGAGGAAGAUGACGUCUACAAGCUAGCUCUUGUUUACUUUGCUGAGUUAGUGGUUUUGGGAAGGGACAAACAUUUGAACAUCAAUCUAAAUUACCUGACCCUUGUAGAGGACUUGGAUGCGUUCAACAGGUUUCCAUGGGGUUUGGUGUUGUUUGACAAAACCCAAGACAGUCUGUUUUCUGCACCAACAAAGUAUGUGAAAAGCUUUGAAAAUGAAGAGGGAAGAGGGAGAGGGAAGGGGAAAAGUAAGGUAACCGGAACAAGCCGGAGAAAUGAGAAGGGCAAGAAGGAUAACCAUGGUGAAGUGCAAAGGGGUGGUUGGAGUUUUAAAGGUUUCACGUAUGCUUUCCAGAUUUGGGUAUAUGAAUUAAUUCCUAGAAUGGCGGACCUAAAUUACUGCAAGGUUGUUGAUCCGACAGCUCUCCCGCGUAUUUUGCGAUGGAGAACUACUACGUCUGUUCCCGAGAUGAGAAAGUUGAACAAUUAUUUUUUCCAGAGCAAAGAGUCAGUUCAGUUGCGGGCGCUAUGUCCAAGUGAAGAGGAAAUGAGACAACCAUAUUGGAGUUGGCCACAGGGUCGCCCUGCUGUUGUCUCGGCAGAGUCAAUUCCUUCUUCAUGUGCUGACCUUGAUGAGUUUAACAAGGCGGUAAGCUUGUUGAGGUCCGAGUUGUUUCAAGUAAAGCGGGAAAAGGACGUCCUUGAGUUAAAGGUCAUACGGAUGGAAAAAAUUUUGGACCACUGUUUAGGUCCUCAUUUUGAGCAGGAAGUGAGAAGGGACAUAUUUUUACUGAAAGAGAGGACGAAUCGUUGUGUCGUGUCACAUCUAUUUAAGGGAUAUGAGGAAGUGGAUGGCAUGCAAUGGGAUGAAGGGCCAAGUAAUAUAAAUGAAGGAGAGGAAAAUGAAGAGGAGGACAUUGAAGGGGGUGAAGGGCCAAAUAACAGAAAUGAGGGAGAGGACAAGGAAGAGGAGGGGAUUGAAAGGGGUGAAGGGGCAAGUAAGACAAAUGAGGGAGAGGAAAAGGAAGAGGAGGGGAUUGAAGGGGGUGAAGUGCCAAGUAAGAGAAAUGAGGGAGAGGAAAAGGAAGAGGAGGGGAUUGAAGGAGGUGAAGUGCAAAGAAAACCAAGGGAGGUAGAGGAAGCUCAAAGGAAAAGAAGUGAGGGAGAGCAAGUGAAAAUAAAAAGCAGCAAAGGAGAGGAAGCGCAAAGAAAGAGCAUUGAGGGAGAGGAAGAACUGCAAAGAAAAAGCAGUGAGGGAGAGGAUCCGCAAAAAAAAAGAAGGAAGGGCAAGGAAGUGAAAAGACAGAGAAGUGAGGAAAAGGAAGUGCAAAGAAACCAAUGUGAGGAAGAGGAUGAUGAAGUUAUGUUGGUUGGCGAUGACAUUGGCGAGAGCACGGAGGGGACAAAGGUUGAGGUUACUCUCGGGGACAUUGAUUUGGAUCAACCUACAGCUGUGUUAUCUCAGUUGAACGUUUGGUUGAAUGAUGAAGGUCAAGGUGUGGAACGAGGGGUCCAAUUACGGAAGAGGAAGAGGAUUAUUCCUAUGUGGAAGAUCGUUGAAGCUAGUGAAGUGGUUCAAAAAAAUUUGCCAAAGACAACCGGACUUCGGACGUUAGACCCAAUGAAGGCGAUUUCGCAUGAUGAUAUGGUGAAAUUGCUGAAACUUUGUUCGGAAUGGCGCCAUAACCCAAAUUUGGUGAUGCAAUUUGGCAACGUGGAAGCUGAGAUUGAAUUCUUCUUCCCUCAUUAUGAGAUUGACAAGGAAAACAUGUGCAGCACAUUGAUUUGGGCUUGUAUCUCAUCCGGAAGCGACAACAACAGUUGGAGGAAGAAAAAAGAGCAAGUUGGGUGGAAAAUUAGAACCAGUUUAGUGAACGUUGUAAAUGGCAAGGUUCCAGCUUGUGGAUUGGAUUGGCAGAACACGUAUAAGGUGUAUGUACCUUGUAUGUUGCCAAAAUAUAAGCAUUGGGUGGCUCUAGAGAUUGAUCUAAUUCAGUGUGAAAUCAAAGUCUACGAUUCAAUGGUUUCACUCAUUCCAGAUCAGAGCUUAAAGGAAGAACUCGGCCCCCUGUCAAUUACGAUUCCAAAUCUUCUGCACACCCUCGACUUUUAUGAAGAAGGUGUUUACGCGAAUGAGUGCACCCGAGAUUGGUGGUGUCCAUGGCCAAUACAUCGUGUGGAUGUUCCACAACAAGCUAAUCAAGGCGAUUGUGGUAAGUUCGUGUUGAAGUACAUUGAGCUGUUGAGUGCUGAGAUUCCCUUAGCUACUUGCACCUCGCAGAACAUGCCAUUUUUUCAGUUGAAGUUGGCUGUAGAAAUUGCACGGGGAGAUGCUUACAUGCCAUGA